UUGCUCAUAAUAGUGAUGUGCAUACUUUUAUGUACUGUAACUGAAUUAGGUAUUUUCUGCAGCACCCCAGAGUUAGCCACACCGGCUGGGGAGCUAUUAGAAGGCAGUGAUAGUGGGAGAGAUGCAGCUCAUGAUCGGGAGCAUGAGCUGCUUCAUGUAUACAAGCCACCACCUCCAUAUCCCUACAAUAAACCCUCCAGUAAUAGCACCCCAGAUCUGGCCACGAUCAAUCAGGGUGGAAAUAUGAGCCCGGAUCUUGCUUCAAGACGGCGAGCACUGUGUUUAAAAGCUUCCUUAGGUUGUCUUGGCUCACCUGAUCUCUCACGCACAUAUGAAAAUUUAGCAGAUUUGAGUGAAGCUGUCGAGAGUCUUCGUAAUGAAUUAACAAGAACAACAGAAACAGGAAACUCAAUCUUCCAGUCUCUCCAUAAUUUUAGUCACAAUUACUCUUGCAAUGACCUUGAUGCAAUAUAUCAACUUAGUGAUGGACGUGUAGCCCUUGGAACAAAUAUUAACCUUACUCCAGUUUUCACAAGUGACCAGGCUUCCCAGCAGUCUCAACAAAAACAGUCAGGAGCUGCAACACAGUAUUCAACUUCAUCACAUUAUGGAUCGCAGUUUACAUCACAAUACACAGAUCCUCAGUACCCUGGGGGAGUGGUGCAAAACUCACAAGAACCUAUUUAUCAAAAUAUUGCUGCCUUGAGAACUGAUGAAGCUCGUGAGCGUACACGCUCGGCUCCAGAGAUUGAUAAUAAUCCAAUGAGUGUGGUUGGACCAGGCCAGGGAAGUCAUUUAAUAGGUCAAUUAGGGGGUGAAGAAGGAGGGAGAAGCAGGGCACUCUCACAGCCAGUCAGACAGUCAGCAAUAGAUCCCCAAAUUUAUAUUGAGAAUCGCUUAGGAGAGCAACAGCGAGGACCCAUUGAAGCAAUUAAUACAGCCAUGGGGCAGAUACCGGUGUUUAGUGCACAGCAAGAAUUACGCCAUAACCAUCAUCAUCAUCUGCAGUUGCAGCAGCAAAUGCAAGCAUUGUCCAUACAACAGCAACAAAAGCAACAACUACAGCAGCAAUUACAACUGCAACAGAAGGAGCAGCAAAUUCAACAACAGAAGCAAAUGCAACAAAAGAAGGAACAGCUUCAGCAGCAGCUGCAAGCUCAGCAACAGCAACAGGGUACUCAGAUUCUUAAUCCAAAUAGUCACCAUCACUUGCAGCAUCAAAUGAAUCAGCAAAGACAACAACAGGUACAGGAACAGCAGCAACGACAACAAAUUCAGGAACAGCAAAGACAACAAGACCAACAUAGACAACAGGCACAGGAUCAACAAAGACAACAACAGCAAAUUCAGGAGCAACAGAGGCAGCAGCACCAGCUACAAUUGCAUCAGCAGUUGCAACAACAGACAUCCCAAAAGUUAGCACAGCAGCAACAAUUAAGACAACAGCCACAAACAGCAGGAGUAACACACCCAGUAAAGCAACAACCUGCACAGCAGCGAGAAUCAGGUGGAGAAAUGAGUGGCCUUAAACUUUCUCCAAGGAAAAAAUGAGCACCACCCACUGGUCCAAUGGUGUUGGCAGGCCAGCCUGAGCCUGUCCUACCAUCAUCAUUGUCUGCCCAGGACACACUUGUAGUGCAUAAUUCAGGUCAGACAAAGACAGUAGAAACUUGUGCAGACUCCCUGGUGGCACACGAUACAGGUCAGACAAAACCACGAGAUGCAAUGUCUGAGUCCUUCGCAGUUCGUACCACUGCUCACAUGAGGACACAAGAAAAUAUUGGUGAUUCUCACAUUUUGCGUGAGACAGGGCAGAUGUCAACAUGGGAGGCCGUUGGGACUGGUGAGCCAGUGAAAAAUAUAGAAAACAUUCCCGGAACAAGUUCAGCAAAGGAGUCAACUCCAGAUGUUCUGAGAGGAGCAUCACACUCAAGAUCAGGGCCAAAAGAUCCUCGGUCUGUUCAGCUAGAGGCUAAAUUAUUGAGUGGUGAUAUUCUUCAAGAGUUUGAACUGAUCCCACGCAUGAAACUAAAUGCUGACUUCACUACAGCCACCAAGCCAGACAAUAUACCACGCAACCGCUACAAGGAUAUUGUUCCCUACGAAGAAAACAGAGUCAAGAUUACCCCUACCAAGGAUAAUAAAAGUGGUUAUAUUAAUGCUUCACAUAUAACAGCAAGUGUUGGAGAGGGCCAGCGGUUCUACAUCUGCUGCCAAGGCCCACUCGCCAACACUGUUGCACACUUCUGGCAGUGUGUAUGGGAGGCAGAUGUGUAUCUGGUGGUAAUGUUGACUUCCGUCACAGGGGAUACUGCUACCAGCAAGAGUUUUCCUUAUUGGCCACAAACAGAUAACACAAGUGUUGAAUGUGGACAGUAUCGAGUGUUCAGGAAGCACAGUACAUUGAGUGGGUCCCACAUUACUAGUCGACUGCAGGUGGUUCAUGUGCCUGCACGCAAGACUCGCACUAUUUGGCACUUACAGUUUACCGAUUGGGCUGACCAUGGUUGUCCAGAAGAUAUUCUUGGAUAUAUUAGUUUUUUGGAAGAAUUAUCAACCCUGCGAAGGUACACGUACCAGGAGGUUCGGGGUGUAGGGCGCAACCGCAACACCCCAGUGCUGGUGCAUUGUUCGGCAGGUGUGGGUCGUUCUGGGGUCACUAUCUUGUGCGACCUCCUUUUAGAGGCUACAGAUCACAACCUUCCUUUGGAUCCUCCAAAGGUUCUUCUUCACCUAAGGCAACAGAGGAUGGCACUUGUUCAGACCAUUGCCCAAUACAAGUUUGUGUACCAGGUAUUACUGGCCUACCUGAAUAGAGCCAGGCUUAUUUAGUUCUUCCAGAGCCAUUAGGCUGUGAUUUUUGGUUUAAUCAUUUUACAUUUCUUACAGCAGAGGCUCAUUUCCCCAAAUAUUGUUGGAAACUUAAAAGUCUUAUCAUUUUAAUUACAAUAUAAAUAUGGGCAUAGUAGAGUACAUGAACAUUUGCUACUUCCAUGAUUCUGUUUAACUGUCCUUAUAGAAUCUAAUACUCAAGACUUUGGUAAGUUCAUUACCAAUUAACUAAUGAUUCUGAAUGCAUGACAACUAUAAGUCAGUUUUUAUCCAAAAGUAUUGAAAGUUUAACACUGGUGUGUUUUGAUCCAGUCAGCUGUGCAUGUUGGUGGAAUGUAAGAAUAUAUUUUUAAAUUAUAAAAAACUAAAUUGUUUAAAUUAUGCCAAAUAGUUGUACAAUUGAUAUUUUUAUUACUGUUAUUGAUUCUAUAAGUGUCCAAUAAAUGUAACUAUUUUUUAAGACUAUUUUAUUGAGAUUGUUGAGUACAAAUAUCCUAACUGUGUAAAAUGGUUGAAAACAUUAGUGCAAGAUGGAUUAACCCAACAUGGCUCUUUGCCCUUUAAGAUGCUCAUUCUCCUCCCAUUUUCAGCAGUCUGGAUAUACAAGAAUCCCUUGUCCUUGUUGCCAAAGUUUAUUUUGUUUACCCGGUAAAUAAAAAAAAAAAAAAAAAAAAAA